UUCCUUUCACGGUAGCUAUCCUCAUAGCACAAACAUCCUACAUAGAUUGAUUAUUAGAAAAAAUAAAUAAAAAAUCGGAUUAAUGUGUUUUGAGUUGAUGGAGAGUUAUAAAUAGGUCCUCAGCCACAUUCCUCUCCUCAUCAUCUAUGCGACAAUGUAUCAAAGUACUAUGCACGGUCGAAUCCUUUCUUUCUUGCUGCUGAUUCUUCUUGCUGCAGUCGAAAUCCACGCAACCGUUGUUUUGUCCCCGGCUCCUCAGCCUCAACCACCCAAUUCUUUUUCCAUGUAUGGAGCAACUCCUGGCAGCCUCCAUCCUCAAGAAUGUGCGGGGCGAUGCAAGACGAGAUGCUCGAAAACAGCGUUCAAGAAGCCGUGUAUGUUUUUCUGUGAAAAAUGUUGUGCAACAUGCCUGUGUGUGCCUCCGGGGACUUAUGGAAACAAGCAGUUGUGCCAUUGUUACAAUAACUGGAAGACUAAGAGAGGAGGACCCAAAUGCCCUUGAUUACUUAAUAAUGAAUUAUCUGUCUUUAGAUGUUUGUAAACUGCUUUGUUUACUCUAAACACUACUUUAUCCAUAAUCCAUUUAAGAUGUCUUAUUUUGACUAAA